CCACCGACCUGUGUGCUGGUGCUUAUUUGUCCUGCACGCAAGUGCCCACGCAGUGAGCCAGACCUUCCUAAAAAUAGGAUUCCGAACACUAUUUUCAUUCCAAAAAAACCCCACCAAAAACUCCAAAAUGUACGGUAUCAAGAUCUCCACUUUGCUUGCACUUGCUGUCGCCAUUCCUCAGGUUGUUGCCACUCCCCCAGCAUGCUUGUUGGCAUGUGUGGCCCAAGUCCAGAAGGAGUCCUCGUGUUCUGGCUUGAACGAUUUGACGUGCCUUUGUUCGGUCGAAUACAGUGCCAUCGAGUCUUGCUUGGAUCUGAUUUGCCCCAACGACAAUGCCGACACUGCUAAGGACUCUCUUUCUGACUCCUGCAGCGGCUACAUGUCGUCGGCUGUUUUCUCGUCGUCUUCCAGCGCUAUUCCAUCGUCUUCCAGCGCUGCUUCGUCGUCUUCCAGCGCUGUGACCUCCUCCUCCAGCGCUGUUUCGUCGUCCUCCAGCGCUGUUUCGUCGUCCUCCAGCGCCGCAGCUUCCUCUACGAUCGCUUCUUCGUCGCCCGUCGCUUCCUCUAGCGCCCCCUCGAGUGCUUCUUCCGAGGCCUCCUCUCUCGUUUCCACAGCUGCCUCGUCCGAGGAAUCCACUGUCUCAGAGACGUCUUCUGUUGCUCCAACUUUGGUAUCCAGCGUCGUUUCGACAAGCACCGAGACCACAUUUUGCUUUAGAUCUUUACUUCGUGGUAUUAUACCCACACAAAGCCAGUAGUCACGAGCCGCGGCCUGGCGUUCUUAUGUUAAUAAACUGAUUUC